AUGUCCGUGCUGUGUCCCCUGCUGCUGGCGCUGGCCCUGGUGGCCGCCCCCGGAGUUCGAGGAGCCUGCCCGGCGCCCGCCGACCUCAAGACGGAGGACGGGACCCGCACCUGCGCCAAACUCUACGACAAGAGCGACGCUUACUACGACAACUGCUGCGCGGGCGCCGAGCUGUCGUUGCAGCCAGGUGCCGACCUGCCCUACCUGCCCUCCAACUGGGCCAACACCGUGUCCUCACUCGUGGUGGGCCAGCGCUGCGAGCUCACCGUGUGGUCGCGCUCUGGCAAAGGCGGCAAGUCACGCAAGUUCUCGGCGGGUGCCUACCCGCGCCUGGAGGAAUACCGAAGGGGCUUGCUGGGGGACUGGAACAAUGCCAUCUCCGGGCUGUACUGCAGGUGCUACUGA